CUUCCAUGGUAACCAUAAAACAGACCGUUGGGAAUUCACAGCUUCUGAAGUUUAUGAAGAAAAUAAUCAAACAGAAGUGAACAUUAAAGUCAUGGCGUUACCUUUUCUACCCGGGAACUCACCAAACAGACAGCUGGGGAAGGAACGGUUUCAUAAAUCCCAACAUUGUGACAUUUCCGAUGGACGCAUUCUGGUGGGAUCGGGGAAGUCGGGCAUCGGAGGAGAGCUAUUACCUGGCCAGAAGUUCAAACCAAAGUUUUCUGUCUACCCCAGAGGGCAGAGCAGUGAUGUACCGGCGUGGGUGGCUUUCGACAAACAGGCUCUGAGUUUUGAAGCGUUCUUCCAGGAAGCUGUGCCUGAAUCCCACACUGAGACACACCGCGUCAGGAAGUUUAAAAUCUACUUCUACAUGGAGGAUGACACCAUACAGGUGGUGGAGCCAGAGAUCAAGAACAGUGGCAUUCCUCAAGGGACAUUUAUUCGUCGUCAGCGUGUCUCCCUUCCUCCCCCGGACGAUGACCAGUUCUACAACAUUUUCCAUUUCAACAUCAACCAACAGAUGGUGCUGCACUCACGCACUUUCACCCUGACCAGCUGUGACUCUUUUACAAGAGACUUUCUAACCAGACUGGGAGUUCACCUCAAUGACAGCACCACUGUACCCGAGGACCCGUACAGCAACUUCCGGGAGCAGAUUGAGAAAAGUAGAAACCCUCUCCGGCCGUACGAGAGGCGUGACACACUGAAGCAGUUCCUGGACCAUGACCGCAACGUGCUGCGCUUCUUCUGUCUCUGGGACGACACAGGGAGCGUGUUCGGGGACCCCCGGGAGCUCGUCCUGCACUACUACCUGGCUGACGACACCAUCGAGAUCCGCGAGGUCAUCUCAAAAAUCCCGGGGAGAAACACUGUGCCCAACUUCCUGCGCCGCUGCAAACUACCCAAGCAUGGAGUCUCCCAAAUGAAGCAGCCUGGAGGGGUGGCAGACCGCACGGUGCUCAAUGUGUUCUCCUCCACAAGUCAGGGGUCGCGCUUCAUACUGGACAGCCUCAAAACAGGAUCGAUCCAGGAGGAGUUUUAUAAAGACAGCGAUCUGAUUGUUGGAAAGGAGGUGAACGUGUGGGGCCGCACAGUGCUCAUCACCGACUGUGACAACUUCACCAAAGAAUACUACCGCUCCAAGUUCGGCAUUGAGGACUUCACCCCGGUGCACUACAAAGCUCCCCCAGUCCCGAAGCCCAUCAGGAGGAUGCCCCCUUACAACGGUUUUGGCUCAGAGGAGGACUCCCUGAUGUUCUGCCAGAGCCUGCUCCCCAAACCCCCCCAGAAAGACUUCCGCAAAUUUAUGGAAAAAGACAGAUGUGGCCUUGAAAGUCACGUGCUGAAUUACCGAGCCAAGAUGGUGACCAGCGAUGUGAUCGACAGAGACCGGACGUUCAUCCUCUCCUUCUUCCUCACUGACGACUCCAUCAGUGUGUUCGAGCGCCCCAAGAGGAACUCAGGUGGGUUUGGCGGUAAGUUUCUGGAGCGUGGCCGCGUGAAGAAGCCGGGUCAGGAGCUGUUUAAGAGCGAGAUAUCAGAGUACUUCACGGCACAGGAUCUGUACGUCGGUGCCACGCUCUGCAUCAACAACAGGAACUUCCUGCUCCUGGAAGCUGAUGAAUACACCCUCAAGUACAUGGAGAAACACGCUGAGGAGUUCCCCAAAGCCAACAUUGGAAACAUCAUCAGUAAACUACGAUCAAUCCCAGAGGACCAGCAGAGCGAGAUCAGGAAGUUUCUGACCCUCAGCGACCCCGGCAACACAGGCUUCAUCCCCUACGAGUCAUUCAGGGGCCUGCUGAGCGGUCUGGACUGCGGUCUGUCAGAGCAUGAGAUUCUGGUUCUGGGCCGGAGCUUCUCAGAGCCCGUCGGGCCGCCCGAGGUGGACGUGGGUCUGAUGCUGGCUGCAGCUCAGGACUUCAUCAAGAAGAAGCCCUUUGAUGAUAUCCCCGCCAUGGCCAGAGCGUUCGCACACCAAGACCAACACAAAGUCGGCCGUCUCUCCGACAAAGAGAUGAGGACCAUCUGCAAGGCCUUCCAGCUCCCGCUGCCUGAGAAGCUGCUGGGAGAUCUGCUCAGCAGAUUUUCAGACGGGGACAAGAUCGACUACAACGCCUUCCUGGCCGGCAUCAACUGGGUGGAGUACCCGGCUCCUCCAAUAAAGCCGGAAGACUCUCUCAAAUUUGUCUUCAACUUGACGCCCGCUGUCGAUGAAGCUCCGCUGAAAAACGUCAACUACUCCUCCCUCCUGAAGGACGUCUUCAGCGCUCCGUCCAUCAACGCUGACCCAACGACCUCCAUCUCUUAGACAACAAGAGGGAGGUGAAACAGCUUCACACACACACACUUCUCCAUUAAAGAACCUGAGACAUCGGC